AUGAACCUCCAAGAAAUCAUAGCCCGGUUCACUUUACAACGACAGCUAGCCAAUGACCCUCAGACGAAGCUGGCGGCGUUCCUUGGGACCAUUGAUGGCCAACCGGCCAUCUUGAAGCUUGAAAAGACCCCAAUUGAUGAGUCCACCCCGAAUAUAGCCGCGUUGAUCACGAAGUGCAAUGUGCUCCAACAGAAUGACAUUUAUCUGUGGGCUCAGGCUCACGUUGACGAAGAGUACGGGGCCAAGCUUGACCUCAUCUGGCCGUGUACUGAAACUCAUAUCCGCAAGUACGACACUCAGAAGUACCAUAUGGUAACUGAGACGGCGGAGAUGUACCACAAAUACGUCGUUCCCUACAUCAAAACCCAGCAGGGAGACCGCAUAAAGUGGGUAUACAACAUUCUCUACGACGGUAAGGAGCUGGAGACGUUUGUUUAUCAUGAUAAGGACCCUAAAUUCGGCUUUGUUCUCUUACCCGAUAUGAAGUGGGACCGUACUAAUCUCGACGCCUUAUACUUGACGUGCAUUGUCAACCGCAAAGAUAUUGCCAGUGUGCGUGAUCUUACUGGUGCUGAUGUCCCCUGGCUUGAGGAUUUAAAGGCUCUCAUCGUCAUGGCCACUAGAGCUAAGUAUAGCGUCGCCGCCGACCAAUUGCGUGUGUUUGUCCACUACCACCCGUCGUACUACCACUUCCACAUCCACGUGGUCAACGUCGCCCAUCAAGGUCUUGGGUAUGGCAUCACCGUGGGCAAAGCGAUCAUGCUUGACGACAUCAUCACCGUGCUCAAAGUGAAGCCUGACUUCUACGCCACCGAGCCCCUCACCACGAUCAUGGGUGAGAACCACGGGUUGUGGAAGAUUGAAGGCUACCGCGAAGCCCACUACGCUCAGUUCAUCCUGUAA